AUGAAAUGGCUUUUGUCACGUUCAGGCGUCUAUUGGACUUCAAUAUUGAAAGAUUGCAUUGAAUUUGCUAAAGGUAUCCAAGAAUGCCAAAUGCAUGGGGGCAUACAACAUGUUCCUACGAGUGAAUUAGAUGCAAUUGUAAAACCUUGGCCAUUCAAAGGAUGGGCGAUGGAUGUGAUUGGAGAAAUAAAACCAGCUUCAUCAAAACAAAAAAGGUACAUUCUAGCCGGUAUCGAUUAUUUUACAAAAUGGGUCAAGGUUGUAGCCUUAACAAAUGUCGACCAAGAAGUUGUUAUAGACUUUAUACAGAAUCACAUCAUGUGUCGGUUUGGGAUUCCAAAAAUAAUUGCUACCGAAGUUGGGGUUAAGUUGUUAACUUCUACUCUUUACUAUGCUCAGGAAAAUGGCCAAGUUGAAGCUGCCAAUAAAGUAAUAAUUAGCCUAAUAAAGAAGCAUGUAGGAAAGAAGCCAAGAAAUUGGCAUAAAACAUUGGAUCAAGCCUUAUGGGCAUUGUUACUAGUGGAGAUAGAUGUUCAAUCACUGAGAAUCCAAAGACAACAUGAAAUACCAUCUGAAGAUUACUGGAAUAUGAUGGCAGACGAGCUCGUCGACUUAGAUGAAAAAAGGAUGUUGGCCCUUGAUUCGAUAAGGAGACAGAAAGAAAGAGUUGCCAGAGCUUAUAAUAAAAAGGUAAAAGAUAAAGUAUUUGUUGUAGAUGAUUUAGUUUGGAAAGUGAUAUUACCUAUGUACAGAAAUGAAAGAGUCUUAGGAAAAUGGUCCCCAAAUUGGGAAGGACCUUUUAAGGUGAUACAAGUUUUUUCCAAUAAUGCCUAUGAACUUGAAGAAUUAGUCCCAGAUCGAUGGAUUUUAAGGGUAAAUGGUAAGUACUUGAAGAAGUAUAAGCCUAUUCUUCAAGAAGUCAAAAUUUCGACAGAAUAA